GCCCCAUAUAUAUAUAAAUAUAUAUAUAUAUAUAACUACAGCCACUACAAGCAUUUACGCAACUCAUCUGCAUAAAAAAAAAAUAAUAAAAAAAAUGGUAGAGGCAAUAAUCCUAGUCUUGACAGCUCUGGUCGUCAUCGUUGUCGUUUUUGCAUUAAAACUCUCCUUCGAAACCAAAAAACGACAAUACAAAAACCUGCCUCCAAGCCCUCCUUCUCUCCCACUCAUCGGCCACCUCCAUCUCAUAACAAAACCAGCCCACAGGUUUUAGCACCAGCUCGCAACAAAAUACGGCGCCGUUUUCUCCCUCUGGCUCGGUACCCACCGUGUUAUUGUCGUAUCAUCACAUUCAGCCGCGGAAGAAUGUUUCGGCAAAAACGACAUCGUUCUCGCCAACCGCGGACGUUCUUUCGUCGGAAAGUACCUCAGCUAUAACUACACCGCAAUGUCAGCAGCCUCCUACGGAGACCACUGGCGUAACCUCCGCCGCAUCGCCUCCAUCGAGAUCUUCUCGUCGAGCCGGCUCAAGUCAUGCCUGGACACGCGUAGGGACGAGAUCAUGCGAUUGCUUUCUACUCUCGCUCGAAACUCGCUCGUCCGUGGAUCAUCAGAUGAUAACAAGUUUGUUUUCGCCAAGGUGGAGAUGAAGACGUUGUUUUCGAAUUUGGCUUUCAACAUCAUAAUGAGAAUGGUAGCCGGAAAACGGUAUUACGGCGACGACGUGGCUGACCAAGAGGAGGCCAAGCUGUUCAGGCAGAUCAGGGAGGAGGCGAUCCCCAGUGCCGGUGCGGCCAAUCCCGCCGAGUUCUUGCCGGCUGCCUUGAAAUGGUUGGGAAGGGGUCAUGAGAUGAAGGUGAUAAGGGCUGCCAAGAAAAUGGAUGGGUUCUUGCAACGGCUCGUGGAUGAGCGUCGGAGUAUGAAAUCGUCAGACAUGUCUACCAUGAUCGAUCACUUGCUUGCUUCUCAGAAGUCUCAUCCUGAAUACUAUUCCGAUGAAAUCAUCAAAGGCUUCAUAAUGGUGUUAUUAUCUGCCGGAUCAGACACAACAUCAGUGUCAUUAGAAUGGGCAAUGUCGAAUCUGCUCAACCAUCCUGAAAUCAUGAAAAGAGCCAAAGCUGAAAUUGAGGAACAAAUUGGUGGACAACAACUAAUAAUAGACGAAGAGGAUCUUUCCAAACUACCAUACCUUCACAACAUAAUCUUAGAAACCCUACGCCUCUUCCCACCAGUUCCAAUGCUCCUCCCUCACUUCUCGUCAGAAGAUUGCACCGUUGAGGGAUACGACAUUCCAUGUGGCACAAUGGUAUUGGUUAAUGCGUGGGCCAUACACAGAGACCCCAAACUAUGGGAUGAUCCGGAGAGCUUUAAGCCCGAGAGAUUUGAGAGUAAUAACGCCAACCAAUACUUAAUGCCAUUUGGAUUAGGAAGAAGAGCUUGUCCCGGAAAUGGCUUAGCCAAUCGUGUAAUGGGAUUGACUUUAGGGUCUUUGAUUCAGUGUUUUGAGUGGGAAAGAAUUGGUGAGGAAGAAGUGGACUUGACUGAAGGUACAUUUACUGUAAUGCCUAAAGUUGUGCCAUUGGAAGCCAUGUGCAAAGCUCGACCUAUCAUGAACUCACUUCUCUCUAAUUAAAGCCAAUUAUUAGACAAAUAAUAAUGAAUGAAGCAGUGCUUUAUGUAAUGCCGAUGGCAUUCCAUUGGAAGCUAUUGCAUGCAAGUUUCUAUUAUAGAUACAUAUGAAAACUAUAUACCAGGGAGAAAAUUAGAGCAUGUGUACAAUGUCUUAAUUAUUAGCUAAAUAAUACUCAUACGUACUCAAGCUCUGUAAUAUCUUUAAAAAAUAAACUUGGCCAAUAGUACUAUUCAUGUUUUAUAA